AGCCGCGCUGAUGUCGUGGGCUGUUGCCGCCAUACAAUCCCCUCUUCUUUUUGCUUCGUAAGCGCCGAUUCACCCAUACCUCGGCGGAGGAAAUAUCACAAAAGAAGAAAUGUCAACAAUCCGCGUUCUUGGACGAAAGGCGUUCUCGUCUGCUGUGCUCCCCUCUCGACGCGCACACGCCACGUGCGGCAACACCUCUGUCGCAGCAGUGACGACCGUCUCAUGUAGCACGUAUACACACACAGUAGUUGGCUCCUCCGCUGUCUCGCCGGCGGGCGUUUUCCAGCACACCCGACUUCUCCGUAGACCGCAAACCAUAAAACCCAACCCGAACGAGGCCACAAGCGGCCAAUUCGACAAGAGUUUUGAGAAGAUAACUGAAACGAUCGAGUCUCGGCUGCCGUUUCGCCAGCGGCAUGUGGCGGUGGGGAACAUAUAUGAUGCGAACUUCGGCGAAAAAUCGGAACACGACAUGUACAAAGAGGCAGAGGAGGACUUGCUGGGGAAAGAAAAGGAGAAGCCAGCUGCCCGCCAGGCCCGCAGCUACUUCUCCGAUGAAGACCUCUCCCCCGAGGCGUUGCACGUCCGCUCACCACACCUGAAAGUUGCGCAGAACAUUCAGAGACAGCAGUAUGACCCGAAAAUUCUGAAAACGACCGCGGAGGCUUCUGAGUACUACUAUCCAGCUUUGACGAAGGAGCAGCAGCGGAAGCGCAACGCGAUGCUGGCGGCCGGCUGGGGUACAGUGGGGAUCGCCACCUUUGUCGGUCUGCGGAAGGCUGGAGCGUACAUGCGUACAGCAGGCUGA